UCAUGCAGUCCGCGGUGGGUGGUGGCGAACCAAAGUGAGAGCUGUAGGCUUUAUCUCAGCGUCAAAUAGACGCAGUCACACAUACACAUACAGGCUUCUGGUGUGACGGCGGUGCAGGAGGAAGCUGCGGAGAGGUAAAUGGCGAUGAAGAUGGAUAUAAAUGUCACCAUAGAGCAAAUGGAGACAGGAGAGCAGGACGCUGCUCUGACGGCUCUACAGAGCUACAACAAAGAGAUGAACCAGUGUUUCACAUUCAGCCCAGAAGAAGAGCAGGACAGAGAGCAUCUGGGAGAGCUGGUGAUCGGUUAUCUGAACAGAGAGCUGCAGCCCUCCUGUCUGCUGGCCUGUCUAGAAACUGUUCGGAUCCUGUCCAGAGAUAAAAACUGCCUGAGUCCCUUCAUCAGCCACUCUGCCAUAUCCACGCUCGCCCGCUAUGCUGGCAUUGCUGUGGCGAGUCCUGCAUUAUCUGAGUGCACACAGCAGAUGGGGGGUCAAGGUGAGGGUGAGGGAGGAGAAGCAGCAGAGGUAUCUAAUGAGGAGAUGAAAGAAACUUCUCCUUCAGAAAGUGCUGACCAGGAAGUGAUUGCAGAGGCUCUAAAGUCCAUCUGUAACAUCCUGCUGCACAACGAGACAGGGCAGGUGGUGGCAACGGACCUACAGCUGAUAAAGGGCGUAGCAGAGAGGCUGAAACAAAGUCAUGAUCCAACCUGGAACAACGAGGUGCGUUUCUUUGACCUGCGUCUCACCUUUCUGCUGACGGCUCUGAGAGUCGACACACGGGCACAGCUAGCUCAGGAGCUUCAUGGCGUCAGGCUGCUAGGUAACCAGCUGGAUGCCACACUGGGUCUGAGUUGGCCUGAUGCUCUGGAGACAGCUCGGGCUGGGUUUGAGGGGGUCCCACCUGAAGAAAUGCCCCCACUUAGCCGGGAGCAGACAGAACUAGCCAUGGAGAGUCUGAAGAUCCUGUUCAAUAUCACGUUUGACACUGCCAGACGCAAGGUUGAUGAGGAGGAGGCAGCAGAGUACAGGCAUUUAGGAGCCAUACUCAGACACUGUCUGAUGAGUCAGGCAGAUGGAGAGGAGCGCACUGAGGAGUUCCACAGCCACACAGUAAACCUGCUCGGUAACCUCCCGCUGCCUUGUUUGGAUGUCCUGUUGAUGCCCAAAGUGCAACAGGGCUCCAUCGAGUACAUGGGGGUCAACAUGGAUGCUGUCAGCAUGCUGCUGGAGUUCAUGGAGAAAAGACUUGACCGGGGACACAAGCUGAAGGAGACGCUCCUCCCCUCUCUGAACCUGCUGACAGAGAGUGCCCGCAUCCACAGAGAGACCAGGAAGUUCCUAAGGUCAAAGGUGCUGCCCCCACUGCGUGACGUGUUAAACAGACCUGAGGUUGGUGAAGCUCUGAGGAACAAACUGGUCCGUCUGAUGACACAUGUUGACACUGACGUUAAAGACUGUGCUGCUGAGUUCCUGUUUGUCCUCUGCAAAGAAAGCGUGUCAAGAUUCAUUAAGUACACUGGGUAUGGUAAUGCAGCUGGUCUGCUGGCUGCCAGAGGACUUCUGAGGGGAGGCAGAGACUCAGGAAUUUACUCUGAAGAUGAAGACUCUGAGACAGAGGAGUACAAAGAAGCUAAAGCCCGUAUAAACCCCAUCACAGGAGUGGUAGAAGAAGAAAAGCCAAACCCCAUGGAGGGAAUGACAGAAGAGCAGAAAGAGUUUGAAGCCAUGAAGCUAGUCAGCAUGUUUGACAGACUGUCGAGGACCAACCUGAUCCAGCCCAUGCAGCUCGGUAUGGACGGGACGAUGCGAGAGAUGACUUCAUGUGACCUGCAUAACCUCACCAACAAUCCUGUGCUGCAGCCAGAAGAGCCCACUGAAUCGGACCAUGAGGAAGAAGCAUAGACACCCUAAGGGUGACAGGAGAAAGUCUGUUUUAAAUAUUUAAGUCACAUUUCACACAGUCCAGACCGUCCUUGUUUAUUAUUCAGACUGGAGUUAAAAUGAAAGCUUGACUUUGUUAGUGAGAGUGAACUCAGUGAAGUACAGUGUAUGGAGGCAGCUCAGAGACCAUGUCUCUUGUUUGGUACAGACAUUUUGCAGGAAUUUAACAGCUGACACUUUACAGACACAUGGGAUCAUUUUAGGACACCAGUAAGAGGAAUCAACUCUAUCUCAAAAACAUCACCGUUAUACGUUUCACAAAGGUAGUUAGUGUCAGUAGGAGCCUUAACAGCUACAUCUUUAAAAGGACUCACUAAGACUUUAAACCAUGUCAGUCAAAACACAAACUAAGAACCUGUAUGGAGUCAAGAGUGUCGGAUGAAAAAUAAUCAAAAGAUGGAUGGAAAUAAAAAAGCUGACAUUGGAAAAUGAAACUGUGAUAACCUUUAUUUAUUUUACCUUUUAAUUUAAUCAAAUGUAUUUAUUUAAUGUGCAUAACACUUUCAUUUGUCAGUUUUAUUUCCAUUUAUUCCAUAAUUUUAUUAAUGUUUUAGUCUUUUUAUGCUUAUAUUUUGUCCCUUUAUUAUUUUUUCCUAUUUAUAAAGUGUUGUAUGAACUGCUCCUUGUAGGUCCAAGCUGUCACGUUGCCUGUAAAUUCAAUAAUAAAUUAAAAUAAGAAAAACAAAUCUAAUACACAGAAAAACAUGUUAUAUGCAUCUAAGCAAAGACAUUUUUACUUAUAAAAACUAAAGAACAUAUAACUUGAAAGUAAAUAAAUAUUUUUUAAAGUUUUAUUUAUUGAUGUCCAAAAACAAAAAUCUGCUAAAUAUGUAUGUAUACACAUAGCACUCCUUUGACUCCAUAGAUGUGGCUCAACAUGUCAAAUCUGAUGGGCUGGUCAUGUUUUGUCGACUCCAAAGCAAAAAGGUAAAAUAAAGUUUAGUUUUUAAACACAGAAAGCUUUAAAAAUGUCAUUUAUUAAGCAGAACAGUCAGAAUGAUGUUUUCCACACAAACAUCCUGUUUUUUAUCAUUCAGGUUUAUAAUUCACUGAACUGAGAACUGUGGAUUGAAAAGUGGAAACUGUUUGAACUUUGUAGGAAUAUUUUGUCACAAAGAUGAAUGGCAUGUCUACUUUUGAAGUAAGUAAAAUAAAAUGUUUGGAAAACAGCCAAAGAGCUGUUUCUGAGUUUGUGAUGAUGAAAUAUUUUUGAGAAAAAAAUUUAGAUGCCUGUUGUUUUUCAUAAAGCUAUUCAGAUGUUUUAUUUUUAGAAGUGAAACUUCAAACUGCAGAGAGAAAAGUUCUCAGAUGGCAUAUAAAGAGUCUUCAAUCUGAAGAAUUACGUAUAUAUUUAUUGUAUAAUCCUUUAUAUUC